UUAUUGCCAACGUAAUUAACUAGCCAAAAUAGCUAGCUUUGAAAGUCCGACGGCUCUUAGCCUUUGCAUACCUUUGGGUUGUCUGGGCAGCGUGGGGAUAUUAGUUUAUUUGUUGCGUACUGGCAAUGCUGAAUAACUAGCUAGGUUGUCGACUGGCAAGAAAAGUUGCGCAGGGUAAGCUAGUUAGCUAAUACAGGAGAAGCAGAACCCCAGCGUUAGCUAGCUAGUUAGCAACAAACACUAGAAAUAGUAGCUAGCGUUAGCUACGUUUGCUAGUUUGUGUAAGGGUCUGUUUAGUACAACCUGUCUAAGGUACGGAUGCUAGGUAGCUAGCGAUGCUAUUAUGUAAGUAGCGAUUACAACCUGGUGUUGAACUGCGUUGGAGCAUAGCUACGAUUGCAAGGCUCGUAUUUGGAGUUUAGCUACAUUUUCCCUUCCUAGUUUUGGGACACAUUUGACAGUGUUAGCAUUAGGGAAUUGUGAAAACUGAAAGAAAGUGACUAUAGCCUUGGAGCUUCGGAGGUCCGUGACUUCACACCAUGAAGGGGCAACAGAAAAGCCCAGAUCCAGAAGUGGAUGUUCCUAUCAUUGAGGAAGACUCUGUUGGCGCAGCUGAUGAUCCAUCUGCCAUUGCAGCCAUCCAGUCAGCUGCCACCUUUUCCACAGAUCAGCCAAUCAAGUACUUUUUCAAAACGGAAGGAAGAACAGGGCCGGUGACAUACCGGGUGAUUCACCUGGCUGAUGGGCAGGUGGAUGCACAGGCGGAUGGAACCGCAGCAGUUAGCGUGGUAGCCGGCUUUCCAGCGGCCACCCAGUCUGGGACACCAGCUGUAACACAGGCUGUGUUCUCUCAGGCUGAUGGUCUGGAGGGAGAGGGCACAGAGACCCACUACUACUAUCCGGCCACUAUUGCUGACACUGCCCCAGCUACCAUGGUGACCAACGUCCAUGCGUCUGAUUCGCUGCUCAGUCAGCCUGCAACUACAGGUCAACUGUAUGUGAUGAUGUCACCCCAAGAUGUACUAGGCACAUCUCAUCAGAGUAAGACAGAGGCCCCUCGCACUUCGAGAGAUGACAAGAGGAGAGCCCAGCACAAUGAGGUGGAGCGUAGGCGCAGGGACAAAAUCAACAACUGGAUCGUCCAGCUGUCUAAAACCAUCCCCGACUGCACUGUGGACACAACCAAAAACAGCCAGAGUAAAGGGGGGAUCUUGUCAAAAGCCUGUGACUACAUUCAGGAACUGCGCCAGAGCAAUGCUCAAUUAGGAAAAGGACUGGAAUCCCUGGAGAGACAGAGAAUGGACAACCACCUACUGAGACAAGAGGUAGAAGAGUGGAAAUCUAAAAACCAGAUGCUCAGAGCCAGGCUAAGGCAGCAUGGGAUAGUGGCAGCUUCAAACUUGGACGCUCAGUGAAACACCUCAAAUUCUUUGUCGCUCACCUCCCAUUGGCAGUACACCAUGGUUGAGACGGCCCCGAAAUCAGCAUUUUGCAGGAAGCACUGGCUCUCUUACAGGACGCUACUGGACCUGCUGAACUUGAAUCCGGUUUCUGUUUUGGCAAAAAUGUAUUGGAUAGGACGCCAGAUUAUUGUCAGGGUUAUGUGAGCUGCACUGAAAUGUACUAAUUUACAUAUGUAUGUGUGUUUUUAUAUUUUUAUGUUUUCCUGAGCCACAUCUGCAGCGGGAAGAAUCAUUUAUAUUUUGCAUCAUUGGAUAGUAGAUUAGUUUGCUGCUUUUAGUUCCAAAAGGACUUUGGACUUUUUCUGUAUCAAAAUUCAAAAUGACAGCAUUUGUGCUGUGGAAAUGUUUGAGUGAUGAGAUUGAAUAAGAUAAAUGCACAUUGUUGAUUACAUUUUGUAAAUAAAAUAACUUGCAAGAAG